AAGAACGAUGGUUGUGAUAUAAUUAAGUAUGUGGUUGGUCUGUUCGAUUUUCAGGUGUCGUCCAUCAACAGGGUGUUGAGAAAUUUGGCGGCGCAGAAGGAGCAACGGCAGCAACAGCAGCAGCAGCAGCAAGGUGUGGCCGCUGUUGGCGUCGGGGUAGGUGCUGGUAGCCCGGCCGAGAGCGUUUACGAUAAAUUGAGAUUGCUCAAUGGGCAAACCACUGGAUGGCCACGACCCAAUCCAUGGUAUCCAUCUGGAGCUGGCAGCCCAUUUCCAUCCCUGCAACCCAGUUUGAGCCCGAGUCAUUGUACGGCCUUGCCACCGGAUCCUGCGGACAUUCUGCACGCAAAGAAGGUAGCGGAACUCGAGGGCGGUGCACACUCGGACGAGACGAACAGCGGCGGUGACAACAGCAACGCAGGGAGCGUGUCCGGGGGCACGGACGAUGAUCAGGCGCGUCUUCGCUUAAAAAGGAAGCUUCAAAGGAAUCGCACGAGUUUCAGUAACGAGCAAAUCGACGCGCUCGAGAAGGAAUUCGAGAGGACGCAUUAUCCAGACGUUUUCGCAAGGGAGAGAUUGGCCGGAAAGAUUGGUCUGCCUGAAGCUCGAAUACAGGUAUGGUUUUCGAAUCGGCGGGCGAAGUGGCGGCGCGAAGAGAAAUUGCGCACGCAACGGAGGGACAACCCGCAACACCAGCAGUCGCAGCAGCAGCAGCAGCAGCAGCAGCAACAGCAACAGCAGCAGCAGCAGCAACAGCAACAGCAGCAGCAGCAGCAACAGCAGCAGCAACAACAGUCCCAACAGCAGCAGCAGCACGCCGGAGGGGUGAGUCUGGUCACCGCUGGUCAUCCGACACCACCACCGGCCUCGGGUAUUUUGGCUGGUCAACCACCGCCGCAAGCGCCGCCCUCUCCACCUAGGAUACAUCAUGGUUUCGCGCCCACCGCCGUUUACCCCGGAAUACCCAGCAUGCCUGAUUCGUACAGUCCCAUGACGUCCAUGCCGAGUUUCACGAUGUCCGGCGGUGGCCAGCAGAACCAGCACACGACGAGCAGCAUGUCAUCGUUGUCGACGGGCGGUGGGAUGGGCCCGAUGGGUAUGACCGUGGGCAUGACGGUGGGCCCUAGCCCGGGCGCGUGUCUCCAGCAACGCGACAACGGUUAUUCGUGCGGCGUCGCCCGUCCACCGAGUUACGAGCCUCUUCACCUCGGAUACGGGGCACGGCCCACGUGCAGCCCCACUCAGCCAUACCACACCGCGGGCCUGAACCAGUAUAAUCAGAACACCAGCUCGACCGGUUUGAUAUCGCCAGGUGUCAGCGUACCAAUCGCAGUACCAGGCCAACCAGCACCAGACAUGGCGGCCCAAUACUGGUCACCGAGGCUGCAGUGACCGUGGUGGUCAUCGGUGUCGACAUCCUCUCCGUAGGCUCGAGCUUUGACUUAUAUUAGUCUUAACAAACGAGAUUAGAUACGAGGGAACGCAAGGAGAAGACGUUCGAAAUCGAUGAAAAGAACAGCCAUUGCAAUUCGUUCGAUGGAAUCGAUUCGAUACUUUUGUUCUCGACAAUUAUCGAUUGCCUUCGAUUAUCGAUCCAAGGCGGUCUCGUAAAAAUCGUUCGAAGAACGUGCAAAAAAGAAGAAUGGAGAAUAAUGAGGAUGUUAGUGGAACUUGUAAAAUAAACGUCACAAAUGACGCAAAAUUUAUCGUAUGGAAAAAAAAGAAUAAGUUUUGCUCGC